CCACUCCCCUCUCCCUCCCUCCUCCUCUGCCCUUCCCUCCUCCCCUCCCCUCCCUGCUCUUUGCCUACGCCCUCCAGCUGCCAAACCUCUCACAUACCGCCACUUCCUUGUCAUUCGUCCAGGCUGGGAGAGCUGAAGGAGUGGAGUGUGUAUGUGUGUGCGUGUGUGAGUGAGUGAGUGAACACUUCAGAGAGGGAGAGAGAGGGAACUGUUGAAGGAGGAAAGGCAGAGGAGAGGAGCGGGGAGAGUGUGUCCAUUUCACAACAGGGGACUGGAGACUAGCAGGGGGCUGUGGCAGAGCUUGCAGAGGAAAGGAUCUGAUCUGCCUGAGGGGGGGGUGCUGGUGGUAGUUGGGGGAAGUUUUUAUGCCUCACUCCUUCAAACAGGGGCUGCUGCUGUUCUAUGCCUGCCUCGUACGUGUGGCGGAUGUUCCAGAGUGGAUGGGCCCUCCUGGGGUUUUUGGGGGCCGUUCGUUUGCGGACUGAGGUGUCACAGCCCAGCACAGGAUAUAGAACUUCAGAGCAGAGCUCCUGAAAGGAGUCGCUCCGUUACCUCUGGAAAGAAAGGCUCAGUUCAGUCUGCUUCUCUGCUCCCAUUUUCCCUCCUCACAGUGGCACCUGUUUGUGAUUGGCUGGAGACCAGCUCCUUGUCAUCAGCAUGUGCCACUCCUGGCUGGAUUACUCACGGGUCGGGGAUGAAGGCUGCUAGCACCUUUCGGGCAGUGUCCAUAUGCAGAGAUUCAGCCGUUCCGCGUCCUGUCCGUUAUUGUGGUGUGGAGUUUGGGCUGUGAGUCCUGUGUUCCGCUCAUCCUGAGCUGCCAGAUGAAGCCUUGUGGAGGAACGUGCUUUGGAAGCCAAUGACUCCUCUGGGUUCUCUGCACAGACCCUGUGACCUGUCCUGUCUAAUGGAUUCUUACAGCCCAGAGGGCUUGCAACGACUGCUUUUUUUUUCCUUCAUUACUUUGUGCAUUCCUGACUUGACAUUGCCCAGAACAAUUUAAACAAAACAUUUUUUUUGUAAUAUUCUUACUUGCUAAGUAAGACAUACGCUAGGACGUUGUUCAGAUCUCCUUUUAUUUGCACGAGAGCUAAUAGUAAGUGCUGUGGUCCAUGGUCCGUGUUGAUACCCUCCAAAUUGUGAGUGGUAAUGUCUUGAAGCAGUCUCCUGUGCCCUUUGAAGGACGUGCCGCUGCUGCCGGUGCUCAUGGGAACGGCAGCUCCAACAUGAACCUUCAUGAUGUUGGGGGGAGACGACGUUUCGAGGACUCGGAGUUCACCCUGCGCAUCUACCCCGGCGUCAUCGCCGAGGGCACCAUCUACUGCCCCAUCAGCGCUCGCAAGAACACCAACGCCGCCGAUGUCAUCGAGCAGGUUAUCGACCGGCUUCACCUGGACCGCACCAAGCUCUACGUCCUAGCGGAGGUGAAGGAGUUCGGUGGCGAAGAAUGGAUCCUGAACCCCAGCGACUGUCCGGUGCAGCGCAUGAUGCUGUGGCCGCGCAUGGCGCUGGAGAACCGCUUCGGCGGCGAGGACUACCGCUUCCUCCUGCGGGAGAAGAAUGUGGACGGAUCCAUCCACUACGGCAGCCUGCAGAUGUGGCUGCGUGUCACAGAGGAGCGCCGACGCAUGGUGGAGCGCGGCUUUCUGCCGCAACCGGCGCCCAAGGACUACGAAGACCUGUGCAACCUGCCGGACCUCAACGAGAAGACGCUGCUGGACAACUUGCGCGGCCGCUUCAAGCAGGAGAAGAUCUACACGUACGUGGGCAGCAUCCUCAUAGUCAUCAACCCGUUCAAGUUCCUGCCCAUCUACAAUCCCAAGUACGUGAAGAUGUACGACAACCACCAACUGGGCAAGCUGGAGCCGCACAUCUACGCCGUGGCUGAUGUGGCCUACCACACCAUGCUGCAGCGCCGACAGGACCAGUGUAUUGUCAUCAGUGGCGAGAGCGGCUCAGGGAAGACGCAGAGCACCAACUUCCUCAUCCACCACCUCACUGCCCUCAGUCAGAAGGGGUUCGCCAGUGGAGUGGAGCAGACCAUCCUCGGAGCUGGGCCAGUGUUAGAGGCAUUUGGAAAUGCCAAGACGGCUCACAACAACAAUUCCAGUCGCUUUGGCAAAUUCAUCCAGGUGAACUACCAGGAGAGUGGCACUGUCCGAGGGGCCUAUGUAGAGAAGUAUCUGCUGGAGAAAUCAAGGCUGGUGUACCAGGAGCACAAUGAGAGGAACUACCAUGUGUUUUACUACCUGCUGGCAGGAUCAACUGAGGAGGAGAAGAAGGAGUUCCAUCUCAAAAAGCCUGAAGAAUACCAUUACCUCAACCAGAUGACAAAGAAACCUCACAGACUGCACUGGGAUAAUUACUAUGAGAGCGAAGCGCAGGACUGCUUCACUGUGGAGGGGGAGGAUCUGAAGCACGACUUUGAGCGCCUGCAGCUGGCUAUGGAAAUGGUGGGCUUCCUGCCUGCCACGCGCAAGCAGAUUUUCUCCCUGCUAUCUGCCAUCCUUCACCUGGGGAACAUCCGGUAUAAGAAGAAAACAUACCGCGAUGACUCCAUCGACAUCUGCAAUCCUGAAGUGCUGCCUGUAGUCUCUGAGCUGCUGGAGGUUCGAGAGGAGAUGCUCUUCGAGGCUCUGACCACUCGGAAGACUGUGACUGUGGGGGAGAAACUGAUCGUGCCAUACAAACUGGCCGAGGCUGGCACAGUGCGGGACUCCAUGGCCAAGUCCCUGUACAGCGCCCUGUUCGACUGGAUUGUGUUCAGGAUCAAUCACGCGCUGCUCAACGCUCGGGAUCUGGAGGAGUCCACCGAGAUCCUGUCCAUCGGUGUUCUUGAUAUCUUUGGGUUUGAAGACUAUGAAAACAACAGUUUUGAACAGUUCUGCAUCAACUUUGCCAACGAGCGGCUCCAGCACUACUUCAAUCAACACAUUUUUAAGCUUGAACAGGAAGAGUAUCGGGCGGAGGGCAUCAACUGGCACAACAUCGACUACAUCGACAACACCAGCUGCAUCAACCUCAUCAGCAGGAAACCCACAGCACUGCUCCACCUACUGGACGAGGAGUGCAACUUCCCGCAAGCAACCAAUCAGACCCUGCUAGAUAAGUUCAAGCGCCAGCAUGAGGGCAACAGCUACAUUGACUUCCCGGCCGUCAUGGAGCCUGCAUUCAUCAUCCGACACUAUGCCGGGAAGGUCAAGUACCGGGUCAAGGACUUCAGGGAGAAGAACACGGACCACAUGCGGCCGGACAUCGUGGCCCUGCUGAAGAGCAGCAAGAAUGCCUUCAUCGGCGGCCUGAUCGGCAUCCACCCAGUGGCCACGUUCCGCUGGUCCGUGCUGCGGGCCUACUUCAGGGCGGUGGUGGCCUUCCGCAUGGCAGGCAAGAGAUACGUGGAGAAGAAGAGUGGGCAUGAUGAUUCGGCUCCAUGUGCAGUGUUGAAAAGUGUGGAUAGUUUUAGCUUUCUGCAUCAUCCUGUGCAUCAGAGAAGCUUAGAGAUCCUGCAGAGGUGCAAAGAGGAGAAGUACAGCAUGACGAGAAAGAGUCCACGCACACCUCUCUCUGACCUGCAGGGGAGCAACACCCCCCACGAGAGAUUGCCACGGGAGGGCUGGAACGGCCGGUCUCCGAUGCAGAGUCGCCUCUCCUCCACCGGCUCCGGGGGCUCAGAGGAAGAUGGCAUCUUCGUCAACUCCACCAGCAGCAAACUCCUGGAGCGAGCCCAUGGCAUAUUAAUGAGGAAUAAGAACUACAAAAUGAAGCCAAGUCUUCCAAAGCACUUGCUGGAUGUGAAGUCUCUCAAGUACCUGAGUAAUCUCACACUGCAAGAUCGCAUCACCAAAUCCCUCCUGCACCUUCACAAGAAGAAGAAGCCACCCAGCAUCAGUGCCCAGUUCCAGGUGUCUCUAAAUAAGCUCAUGGAGACCCUGGGUCAGUCCGAGCCCUACUUUGUUAAAUGCAUCCGUUCAAACGCAGAGAAGCUUCCCCUGCGCUUCAAUGACGUCCUUGUCCUGAGGCAGCUACGGUACACAGGCAUGCUGGAGACAGUGCGCAUCAGACAAUCAGGAUACCCCAUCAAGUACACUUUCCAGGACUUUGCUCGUCAUUUCCAUGUGCUAUUACCGGAGGGCUCCCGCACCACCCAAGAAAGCGUCAAAGACUUCCUGUGCCAAGCAGACCUCGGCCCUGACACCUUUCAAGUGGGACACUCAAUGGUGUUCUUUCGAGAGGCUGAAAGGCAGCGGCUGCAGAACAUGCUCCAUCAGGAGGUGUUGCAGCGGAUAGUGGUCCUUCAGCGCCGUUUCCGAGCCACACUGGAGAGGAGGCACUACCUCAAGAUGAGACAGGCUACUUGCCUCAUCCAGCAAUGGUGGAGGGGGUGCCUGUUGAGGCAGGCUGAGGAGGAAGAGGCGGACGAUGAUCCAGCUGUCCAAGAGGGGGCAGCGGUUUGCUUGCAAGCAGCCUGGAGGGGCUACAGGGAGCGAAGGAGGCUUCUUCUCUGUAGACAAGCAGCCUUGACCAUCCAGAGGAGCUGGCGGCAGUGCUGUUACAGGAGAGAGGGGGCAGCCUGCGUCAUUCAAGCCGCCUGGCGUGGCCACAGGGAACAGGAGAGCUACCGCAGGCUACAGCACUCUGUGCUGCUCAUUCAGGCUGCCAGCAGGGGAUUUUUGGCAAGGCAGAGAUUCCGAGACUUGAAAGAACAGAAGUUAAAAGAGAUAGAGCUGCUGAAUGGACAGACGGGCCUCUCACCAGAAGAGGAGAAGCUGAGGAUCAUGGGCCUGGAUUUGAGCACUUGGGAGGACCGUUCAUGUGAGGACAGGGAGAGAAGCCUUCAAAGACUCAACAGUGGAGGUGAGCUUGCAUUGGAUCCCUCGGAAGAAGCACAGGAAGUUAGUAUUUCAGAGCUGCCCAGAAGCGAAGACACUGCGCCAAGGAGCCCGUUGCACAGUGUCUCUGUCAGAGACAGGACAAAGACCCUUGACCAGGACUCUUAUCAGAAGACAAGAGCCAAGAGGGAAAGCCGCAGGAUGAGGGAGCUAGAGCAGGCCAAGUUCAGCCUGGAGCUGCUCAAGGUCCGCUCCACUGGUGGGGCAUCUCCAUCUGAGGAGCGCCGCUGGUCUACGGAGCUGACAGUGGUCGAGACAGGAGGUCUCCACUCCCCUCAGGGUACACCAGACAGUCAGAGCUCAAAGGGCAGUUUCGAACUACUCAGCAUGGAGGAGUGUCUCAAAGAGAGGCCACCUUCAACGACAGACGCUCCCAUCGAAGAAGCUCCCACAUCUCCGUCCUCAGGACCUCCAGAGCAACCUGAGGUCUACCCCAUCAGCCCUCAGUUCGCCAACCCUCCA